AUUACCAUUCGAUCGAAAGGAAGCCGCUUCCGCCUAAAUUGCAGCAAUGUUGGCCGUUUCCCGACUGACGAUCGGGCAGCUCCGCCCAAGGGUGGCUGCGAUCGGCACGAAAAAGUACUUUGCUGGUGGGACGACAUCCGGAGGGUGCACGUACAGUCGGCGCUGGUUCUCGAAAAAGGAGCCCGACUUGAACAAAACAUCUCCGGCAUGUCCGCCGCCACCUCCGCCGUCGAAGGACAACACCGCGUACAUUAUCGGGGCCAUUGCGUUGACCGCAGGUGGAUUAGGCCUCGCCUACAAGAUGGGCCUGUUUGACGGAGAACCCACCGUGCAGCAGGUCGCCCCAGAACCCACCACGAGCUCAGGAACCAAGUCCAAACAGCGCUACCCUGCCUCGUCCAAAGACCUCCCCGGUGAGGUGCCCUACCUGCUGAUUGGCGGAGGAACUGCGAGCUUUGCCGCUUUCCGCGCCAUCAAAGGUCACGACGCGAAGGCCAAAGUGCUAGUCAUCAGCAACGAGCCGGAGAUGCCGUACAUGCGACCGCUCUCCAAGGAGCUGUGGUUCAACCCGGAAAAGACGGACCUGGAACCGCUCAAGUUCAAGCAGUGGAACGGCGUCGAGCGGAGCAUCUACUACGAGCCGGAUGACUUCUACAUCGAUCCGACGAAGCUGGCCGAGGCGCCGAACGGAGGAGUGGCCAUCGCGAGGGGUUACGAGGUGCAGCGGAUUGACGUGGUCAACCGGAAGGUCGUGUUGACGGAUGGGACCGAGAUUAAGUACGGCGAGUGUCUGCUGGCGACCGGGGCGCGACCGAAGAAUCUGCCGGUGUUCGAGUCGGCGCCGUUGGCCGUCAAAGAACAUCUGACGAUGUUCAAGAGUGUGAGUGACUUUGAAGAACUAAGCCAGAAGCUGAAGCCCGGCAGCAAGGUGGCCGUCGUCGGUGGGGGAUUCCUCGGCAGUGAAAUGUCCUGCGCGUUGGCAAAGUUCAGCGACAUCCGGGAGAAGAACCUCGAAGUUUACCAGCUGUUCCACGAGGAGGGAAACAUGGGCAAGAUCUUGCCCGAGUAUCUUAGCCAGUGGACGACGGAUCGCGUUCGCGAGGAGGGCGUCAAGGUUUGGCCCAAGACGCAGAUCAAGGCCGUCGAAGUGCAGGACAAAAAGCUCAAGUUGACGCUGACGGACGAUAGCAGUUUGGUGGUUGAUCACGCGAUCGUGGCCGUUGGUUCCGAACCGAACACGGAUUUGGCAAAGACGUCGAACUUGGAGGUUGAUCCUACGAUGGGAGGUUUUGUGGUGGACGCCGAGUUGCGGGCACGAUCACAUCUGUACGUGGCCGGUGAUGCCGCGUGCUUCUACGACCCCAAGCUGGGACGACGACGGGUAGAACAUCACGACCACGCGGUCGUCUCGGGACGACUUGCCGGGGAGAACAUGGCCGGAAAGAACAAACCGUACACCCACCAGAGCAUGUUCUGGUCGGACCUGGGCCCGAAAAUCGGCUACGAAGCGAUCGGCAUCAUCGACUCCGCGCUCCCAACGGUGGCGGUCUUUGCCAAGGCCAGCCCCGCCCAAAUCAUCUCGGACACGAGCGAAAAGCUGCAGGCGGCCAACGCCACCAUCAUUCCUGCUUCGGCGACCCAAACCUCGUCGAAUUCCUCGGUCCUGAACCACACCAGCGUUGUGAAGGCGGAAGCGAUGCCACCGAAACCUGCGGAACCUGCGCGCGAAGACGCGGACGACUUCAACAAGGGCGUGAUAUUCUACCUGCGGGACGAGAAGGUCGUCGGGGUGCUGCUGUGGAACAUUUUCAACCGGAUCGGGACGGCGCGGAAGAUUGUGGCGCAGCACACUCGGUACGACGAUUUGAACGAGGUGGCGAAGCUGUUCAACCUGCACGAUCGGCCGGAGGCGGAGGAGGUGGAGGAAGAGGCGAAAAAUUAACGUAGUUGUUGAACGCUCGCGCGCAAAAUUGUCAGUAAUUUAACCUUCGUAACCAGUGUAAAUUUAUUUGUAGUAGCAACUGUGUGGUGCAUUUUUCUUUUAUAAAGAUAUUUGAUUGCGGAUGUUGGCCGGAAGUAAACGGAAGAUUGUCAUCGAA